AAAAUUACUCAUGCUUCUUAAACUUAAACAAGACAUUGAAACUUUGUUAGAUAAUGUUCAAGCAUUCAAAAAGGAAUCUAGACCGAUCUAUCCAAAUUUGAAGGACUAACUAGAUGUAUUAUAACUGUUUAGUGUAAAUUUAGGAAAAAGUUAAUCUCAUAAAACAACAAUUUAACAAUGUAGAUGAAAAGAUCAUGAAGAACUAUUGCAGUAAAAUACUUGAGGUAAUUUCUAUUUUAACUUGUAGCUCAAAUAAAUAAACAAAAUAAUGUAGGAUCUUAAGAUAACAAUGGACAUAUAAAUUAUUUCAGGACCCUCCAAUUUAAAGAAGAGUCAUAUGCUGAUUCAACAGGAAAGCAAAGAGUAUUUCAAAUUAAUUAUAAUAGGAGUGCAGCUACUUUACAAAAGAAAAUACUUCUUAAACUUAAUUAACUUACAGAACUUAUAGAAAUAAAUGAUGUGAAAAACUACGAUGGAAGUGAGUUUGAAGGAAUUUGCAUUUUCAGAUUGCAUUAAAUUUAUCAUAAUGAAGUGGAAAAUCUGUAAUAUUAGUUUUAAUAAUUAAAAUCAUUUAAUAAUGAAAGAUUUAAUAGAUUAUAAUAAUCAUUCUCUGACAUCAUAAAUGAUUCCAAAUUUAUUAAACUACAUGAAUAAAUUUCAUAAUAUUCAGAAAUUGCCAAUCUAUUGGAUGAUCUUCGAGAUAAACUCUUUGAGAUAAUCAAAUCCAAGAAUGAUUCAAUAUUUAUCAUGGAUAGUAAUUAAAUAACUCUAUAUUUAGGAACCAAAUCUAUGUAAAAUCUAUCCUCUGCAUCUUAAGAUUACGAAGAAGAUGAGCAUUAUGAAAUAAAGAGAGGAAAAUAUCAAAACCCAUUGAAAUAAGAGGAAAUAAAGAAUAAAAGAAAGGAGAGUUCAUCAGAAACCUGUAUAAAUUGUUUGAUCUUUUGA